CAGAAACCCUUCAUGGUCUACACCCUUGCUUGCCAGAAGAAACAAGAAACAGCCAAAAGGAGCAGGAAAAUGGUCUUUGCCUCACUUCCAUCUUACAAGUCAGGCCUGGAAGAAACGCUGGUUUAUCCUGCGGAGUGGCCGGAUGAGUGGUGACCCAGAUGUGCUGGAGUACUACAAGAAUGAUCACUCCAAAAAGCCCCUAAGGAUCAUCAACCUGAACUUCUGUGAGCAGGUGGAUGCAGGCCUGACCUUCAACAAGAAGGAGCUUCAGGAUAGUUUUGUGUUUGAUAUUAAGACCAGCGAGCGAACCUUUUACCUGGUGGCUGAGACAGAAGAGGACAUGAAUAAGUGGGUCCAGAGCAUCUGCCAGAUCUGUGGUUUCAAUCAGGCCGAGGAAAGCACAGACUCCCUGAGGAACAUCUCGGCCAGCCAUGGCCCACGUUCUUCUCCAGCUGAGCUCAGUGGCUCUAGUCAGCACCUGCUCCGAGAACGGAAGUCCUCCGCCCCGUCACACUCCAGCCAGCCAACCCUGUUCACGUUUGAGCCCCCUGUGUCAAACCACAUGCAGCCUGCCUUGUCCACCAGUGCACCUCAGGAGUAUCUCUACCUGCACCAGUGCAUAAGCCGGAGAACGGAAAAUGCAAGGAGUGCCAGCUUUUCUCAGGGGACGAGGCAGAAGAGCGACACAGCUGUGCAGAGACUUGCCCAGGGCAAUGGACACUGUGUCAACGGGGUCAGUGGUCAAGUCCAUGGCUUCUACAGCCUUCCCAAGCCAAGCCGACACAAUGCGGAGUUCAGAGACAGCACCUAUGACCUCCCUCGCAGCCUGGCCGCCCACGGCCGCACAAAGGGCAGCCUCACAGGGUCUGAGACGGACAAUGAAGACGUGUACACCUUCAAGACACCUAGCAACACCCUGUGCAGGGAGUUCGGGGACCUUCUGGUGGACAACAUGGAUGUUCCAACCACUCCACUCUCAGCCUACCAGAUCCCUAGGACAUUCACGCUAGACAGGAACCACAAUGCCAUGUCUGUGGCCGCUCCUGCGGAUUCAGCCAUAGCCCCCCCUCCCCGGCCCCCCAAGCCAAGUCAAUCAGAAACACCUCGAUGGGGCAGCCCUCAGCAGAGACCCCAAAUCAGUGAAAAUAGAUCUGUCGCCGCCACAAUCCCCAGGCGCAACACGCUCCCAGCAAUGGACAACAGCCGGCUGCACCGAGCUUCCUCCUGUGAGACCUAUGAGCACCCUCCACGCGGCGGGGAGAGCACAGGCCGGUCUGCUGAGUCCAUGAGCGAGGGAAUCACUUCUUUCCUGCCAGGGAAAACUGUGGUGGGUCGGUCCGACAGUACCAGUUCUGAAGACAACUAUGUGCCCAUGAACCCAGGUUCUUCCACCCUGCUGGCCAUGGAGCGGGCAAGUGACAAUUCCCAGAGUGUCUACAUCCCUAUGAGCCCGGGGCCUCAUCCCUUUGACCCACUUGGCUACACAUCAACAGCCCUUCCUGUGCACAGAGGCCCCAGCCGAGGAAGUGAGAUCCAGCCACCCCCAGUCAACCGCAACCUCAAGCCUGACCGGAAAGCCAAGCCAACACCACUUGACCUGAGAAACAAUGCUGUCAUCGAUGAGCUCCCCUUCAAGUCACCUGUCACUAAGUCUUGGUCCAGGGCCAACCACACCUUCACCUCCAGCUCCUCGCAGUACUGCCGCCCCAUCUCCACUCAGAGCAUCACAAGCACAGACUCGGGAGACAGUGAGGAGAACUACGUCCCUAUGCAAAACCCAGUGUCUGCAUCUCCUGUUCCCAGUGGCACCAACAGUCCAGCCCCCAAGAAGAGCACCGGCAGCGUUGAUUACCUGGCUCUGGACUUCCAGCCGGGCUCCCCCAGCCCCCACCGAAAGCCAUCCACAUCAUCUGUCACUUCGGACGAAAAGGUGGACUAUGUCCAGGUGGAUAAGGAGAAGACCCAGGCCCUGCAGAACACCAUGCAGGAGUGGACAGAUGUGCGGCAGUCCUCGGAGCCUUCCAAGGGUGCCAAGCUGUGACGUGGGGGCCACCGAGCCCAGAGAGGAGACAGGAGGCAGCAGCUCUGAACUGGCUUCUCCCUCUGUCCUCCACCCCUUUCACUCCACUCUGCCAUGCUUGGCCUUCAAAGCAUUUGACAUCAGGGACCCUUCCUUGGCAAGUGAGGGCCGAGUGGGCACUUGCUCUGCCCACUUGGGCCCAUGUGACUUAUCAGUACUGGCUGUGCCUCCUCCCACCUUAGUUAGGAGCUACUGCCAAAAAGCUUCUUCCUGUCCUCAAAACCUGAGUGUCUACCGGAUGCUGGGAGGGAGGGGAGCGCUGGGACUCUGAGCCAGCCCCCACCAUCUCGGGCUACCUCUCCUUCAGGCCCGUGGAGGACCAGCCAGGGAGCCUAAGAUCAGGAGACCAAAGUGGACAUCCCUGUUUUUCUUGACGGGAGAGUCAAGGCUGCCGAAAGCUGAAAUAGUUGAGAAUGAAGGUUAGAGGCGGUCUUUAGAAUGAAGGUCAGAGGCGGACAAGAAUGAGAUUCCCAGGCGCAGAGUGGGACCUUCAGGGGUCCUGUUUCCAGGCCACGAACGUGCAGGGCCAUCGCUGGGGAAUGGGAGAGGCAAGAGAAUGAAGGACAAAAUGAAGGCAAAACCAGUAAUGACAACUGAGAAUGACAAGGAACAGGGCUUGGAGUGACAAGGACGCUGUGCUCAGGGCUCCUCUGACGCGGUCGGAUGAUGCCACCCUGGGACGGAAAGUCAUCCCCUUCCUGAGCUUCCGCCGAGGGGCGUGGGCCGAGCUGGGUGACGUGUGUGGGAAAGCUGGCAGGUGAGGGGCGGGGAUGUGACGGGCUGGAAGCAGUGCAGGGGCUGCGGGAAACCCGGGACAGGACUGUGCUGGGGAUGGGGCAGUGCAGGGACACUGCAGGGAGGGUGGUGCAGCGAGGAAGUGUAAUGGAGGUGCACAGGAUGACCGUGGGAGGCAGGGGGCAGGAUGGAGCAGCUGGGUGCAUGGCACGUGACACAAGGGACUGAGCACGGCAGGUAAACAAGACCACACCUAAGCUGCGGUACGGCUGGCAGCUCCUGCCCAGCUCUCUGGAGGGAAACUCGGUGGGCCUGCUCGCAAGCCCAGGGUGUGGUCUCAGCUCCUCUCCCUGCUGUGGCACCCUGGCACUGCAGUUGCCAUGUUGAACUCAAACCUAUAAGGAUGGCUAAAAGGCAGGGAUAGGAGCAAGGCAUAACCUAAGUGAGGGAGAGGGGUCUAAAUUCCUAUGAUGAACGUUCUUGACCAAAUUUCCAAGUAUUUCAGAGGCAGCAGGCCAGACUAAACAUUUCAGUUCGCCCCUGCGGAACAGACCUCCCCACCACGCUCCAUGGGGACGGCCGCCGCUCCGCUCUGCUCCCGCAAGCGUGCGUGCCUCUGCAGACCAGGGCCUGGCACUCCCCAGGAGCCCGUCCUGGGAGAAGCUAUUUCCUCGGCAGUGGCCCUUCUAGAAUUAAUUCAGAGCAACUCAGAGAUCUUUAAGUCACAGUUGCCGAGGCCAAGCACCUAGGCCAAGGCGGCGAAUCACAGCUUGUCUCUGAACUGGAGGUCAAAAUUGGGGAGAAGAAAGGACCAGGACACAAGGCGAUGGUGACGGCUGUGAGACAGGACACACAGAUGCAGAUGGAAGAGCAGGAAUACAGAGCGCUUCUCAGCGAGCCUGCUGCCAGAGGCCAGGAGGGCGACGACCGUGCAAAGGUGGCGGAGGGAAAAGGGGGCCUGAGCUAGGCCCUGGAGCGCAGCGAGCCCUGCAGCACAGGAAGGUGGUUGCUGGGAGGCUGUGCGAUUCGGAAUAAAAGGCAUUUGAGGGGUGGGAGUCCUAGGGACAGUCUCAGGGCUCCUGUGGGGGCAGUGGUGACACUGGGUAGGGUUACAGGGUGCUGGUUCCCUCUGCCUUCCCUGACUGUCCCUUUAGGGCUUUCUGCCAGGGGUCCCACAUAGCUGUUUUUAAUGGUGCCUCCUGUAUGGACCCCAUCGUGCUAUGAAAACGUCACCAUGCUCUGAGUAUUACGUGAAUGAAUUUGGCUGUGCAGAGAUAGGGCGUUCUAACGUGGUCUCCGGGUGGCCUCCUCCCAGGUCCUGGCUCCUGUGCCUACCAAGCUCUCAGUGUGCAAAGUGGGGUGAAGACUUAAGGACAAAAGCAGGGCUCUGGCUCGUAAAGCCCACCCAACCAGCCCUACCAUGUAGCUGCUCCUCCAAGCCCCUAAAGGAAGUCAACUCAGUUCAAAAAAACAGAUCCUUUGGCAGCCCAUGGGUCCAGAUGCACCUCUCCUGGUGGCCUGGCAAGGACUGAAAGUCCACAAUGAGGGUGCCUUCUCACCCAGCGGAGCUCACACACGGACCUCUCCUGUCUGCGACUGGCUCCAGGGCAGCUUUCUUCACCCACUUCCUGCUCCACCUCAGGGAAAGUUGAGUGGGAACAGUUAGAGGGGAUGAUAUCUCUUCUGGACUUUGGUUUGCCUAGCAAAGGGUAGGCUAGAGGGUCACUGAAGCCCCUUUCACAGCUGCUCCUCAGCUGCAAUGAGGGGGAGUCACCAGGGACGGGCAACACCCCCAGCAUUAGCCAGUUAACUUAGUCUCCUAGUUGACUUGGGUGACUUCUACAUUUCAAACCAUUAAUGUAAGCCCAAUUCUUAGAAGUACAACCAUUCUAAAGUUAUUGCCUCCAUUCCAGUCUGCCUUUGCCCCCUUACCUGCCACGGGUUACAAUCUCAGCCCCAGGCUGUGGCCUAUCCCCGGCCCCUUGGCAGAGCUCUGGAGGAGUGCGGUUCGGAGGACACUGGCUCAUCCUUCCCCGUCUGAGCCUUCAGCUGCAAACAUGGGGGAAGUGAGAGUGGCCCCGUGGGGCCAUCUUUCUGGGACUCACCAAGUUCUUUGGGAGGCCGAGGGGCCCUGCUGGAGAUUCAUGCUGUCUGUGGUAUCUGGUGGUGUGUGCUCUUGUGUAAUUUGUUCGCUACUUGUGUCUCGAAAUUUAGGAUCACUUUGCACAGAACUGUCCCUAUGUGUUCGGAAGAGAACAUGGGCAAGCAGCAGCCCACUCUCAAGUUCUUGUCUUGUUGCCAUUUAAAUUGACAUUUAAUUUUUUCAAAUCACUGUUAGUGCCUAAUCACUUAAGUUAUUAAUUUAUUGUUUUCUUUUUUUAAAAAUUUGUAACACGUAUUUAUCUUGUGAGUAGAUGCAGGGUGGGUGGGCAACAUGUUCACGUGGGUCAUGUUUCUGCUGUGGUGACACAUGGUACAGGCCUGGAGCUUGCAGGUCCCUUUUUACUGUGGUAUUGAAGUAGGACAAUAAAGUCCUUUAGAAAUGCAA